AUGUCAGGUCUAUUCAACUCUCGCUGGGCUCCUGGAACUGGGGGGAAACAACUAUACCCGGCGAGUCAAAAUGCUCCUCGGCCUUGGCCCUCCAAAAACUCCAAUUCUGGUGGUAACAGCAGCAUCCGCCCGGCGACUAUCACAUCCCAAGGUGGCCGGUUGCUGCCGCCAGCCGAGGAAUUGGCUCGAUUCAUGAAAAUUGUCGCUAGACUGAGAUGGAAACUCCCAUUUUUAGCUGAAGGAUACCGCCUUGCGACUCUGGAAAUGAGCGAUGUAGUAUCGGCAGACGACGUCGCGCAUGCCGAAAUCAUGUUCAAGAUUGAUUUUCACGAAUAUUAUGCUUUGCUUGAACGUGCAAUUGUCCACUUACUGGCGAUUUUUAAUAUUUCGGUUACAUCGUCGCCUCGGGGGCCGCCAGGUAAUGGGAAUGGUAUCGGUCGGCCGGUUGGUCAUCAUCGAUACCAUGCCAAUGUGCUAGAGGCAUUGCGGGAGCAAUCGACCCCACUUUCCCCAGUACUUGGUGGUGGCACUGUCUAUUUGCAAUUACAAAAGGCCAAGGAGCUGCGGAAUAGGUGGAAAACAGCCGAUCUGACUACGGAAGAGAGAGAAAAACAAGGCGAAAGAAAGGACAUUGCGACGCUUGCAAGCUUUGACUUUGAGGGUAUCAUAUCUGAUAUCUUUGGUGGCCUAGAAGAAUCAUAUAUCCGAGCAAAGGAGCAUGUUGAUAAGUGCAUUCGCCCAGAGGAAGCUACUGGAGAGGGGGCAAACGCCGAGGCAGACUGGGGGUUCAUGGUCGAUGCCAUGGAUUGGGAAGCUGUAUGA